AUGAUUAAUCCCAAUCUACAGCGCAAACAAGCUCGGCAACGGCGCGAUUACCUCUACAGAAGAGCCCUUCUCCUCCGUGAUUCUGAGAUAAGUGAGAAGAGAGCAAAACUUAGAGCAUCCUUAGCGACCGGCAGACCCCUAGAUCCCUCUAUCGCAAACGACAAGGAGCUGAGAAAAGACUAUCAGUUUGACGAAUCCAGGCCAGACAGGAGCACGAAUGAGGAGUUGGAUCUCGAUGAUGAGUACUCCCAACUAUCCGGGAUAGUUGAUCCUCGGGUCCUUGUUACUACCUCGAGGGACCCAUCCGCCCGACUAUCAGCAUUUGCUAAAGAAAUCCGCUUGCUUAUCCCUACUGCCAUAAGACUGAAUCGUGGCAACUUGAUCCUACCGGACCUCGUUCGAUCGGCCCAGAGUAGUGGUCUCAGCGACUUAAUCCUUCUCCAUGAGCAUCGUGGUGUCCCUACGGCGUUAACGAUGUCCCAUUUCCCUCAUGGACCGACCAUAUCAUUCUCUUUACAUAAUGUUGUGUUACGCCACGAUAUUCCCAACAGUAUUCGAGGGACUGUUAGCGAAUCGUACCCUCACUUAAUAUUUGAUGGUUUCACUUCUCGUCUUGGUGCAAGGGUUGUCAAAAUCCUAAAGCAUAUAUUCCCCCCGUGA